AACAGAAAGUAAAACAGCACACCUGUUGCACUUCAUCUUGAGCACAUCAAGAUGGAUGCAAUUUUCAACCUACUUAAGACACACAGACUGGAGUCUUAUUACAACAAGUUUGUACAGUUAGGAGUGAAAGAUGAAAGGGAUUUCAUUGAUGGUGUAACAGAUGAGGACUUAAACAACUUUGGAUUCACCCAAGUGGAAAAAAAUCGGUUUGCUAAUAUGAAAACCACCAUUGGCAGACUCAGAGCUCCCUCACACACAGUUGCAAUGCCUGCACAGAAGUUAUUACAGUCAUUCUCUCUGCAGUACACAUAUCCCAAAUGUCCCGAACCAAAACAUAUCACAGAUAUGGAUCCAUCACAAAACACAGUUGAAGAUCUGAUGUUGAGGAUCUGUCACCUUGAAAGCAUUGGUUCUUCCAAAGGUGUCUGUCUCUACACAGUGGAUGGGAUGCCUUUGACUGAUGAUCCCUUCUUCAACACAUGGUCUUUAAAGGACAGACACAUUAAGAGUGGAGAUGAAAUCUAUGCUAUAUUUACACCAAAGGAGAACCUGUUUACAGCUCCUCAGAAUGCAAACAGACCAUUAACUGAAACCUCCAGAGAGGAUACAGUUCGGUGCCAUGUCAUGCUCAAGGGAGACUACGAGGUGAAGGUGAACUUGGCUACUGACACAAUCUCUGAUUUGAAGAACAAGCUUGCAAAUGAAAGUGGAAUCCCAGCACACGUUCUUCAUUAUAAAGGUGGAGAUGGUGCUGGAAACACACUGGAAAGUUGUGGAAUCUCAGAAGAGACAACAGUCCUCUUCUCACUGUCCUCAUUUGCUGAGGAGGUUCCAGACACUACUGAGUUCUUCAGUGAUGAUGUUGUACCCUCUGUGCAGCAAACUCCCAAAGGAAUCAGUGUCUUCUUGUCCUCACUUGAUGUCAUUAAAAACAAACCUCCAGUGGUUCCACACAAGAAUUUGAUUGGCUACAUACGUAAACUAACUGGAUGUAACCCUCUGGCUCAGAGUUUGUAUCAGUUACUCGAGAAGAAUGUAUUCCUAUCUAGGACUCAAAAGAUUGCAGUGGUUGAAGGUCUGUACACACUCUUUAGAGAACUUUUGCCAAAGCUUGGAUCAAAACGUGGGGAAAAGAUCAUUGAGGACCUUGAUGUCUUUGAGCAUUCCACACACUGCUGGGCAUUUCUCAUGACAGAAGCAAAGGAAGAGACAGCAGAACAUGAAGACUAUGCACCAGUUUCUCUGAUGUCUGAAGACAACAAGCGUUUUUGUGAUCCAGUCAGGGUACCUGGAGUACCGGGUACCCUGGAAAGAGCGUAUGUGCUGCAUAUAAUCAGAGAUGGAGAGAAGAUUCCAAACUGUUCCGAGGAGGUUUUACAAGUAACGUCACUCAAGAGAGCCACCAACAUUGAGAAGAUUUUGCUCAGUGUUCAUCCUUCAGUUACAACAUACCAUCUUUGGAUCUCUCAUGGAAGUGUGACUGGUCAGAACUUUCACAUAAAUACUGAGAAGACUUUUGGAGACAUGGCAGAGGAACUGAAAGCUUUCCCUUUUCUCAUUGUGACUCCACCGCUGCUUUUGAAGGAAUUAGGAUACAACCUUGGUGUUUAUCUAGAAAAAAAUAAGUUAAUACCUGGAAUGAUUAUGGUACAUGAUUGUCUGGCUGGCAAAGUCAAUGAAGUGGAUGUGGAUGUAUUGGCAGCAAAAACUGGUGACCAUAGAGACGACCAAUCCUUUGUCACAACCAGGACUCCAGAAGAAGCUAUUCUGGUGCUGAUAGAUGCAAGCUCAUCAAUGACUGGGAAGUGCUAUGGAAGUGUGGAAAUACAGAGAAUUCAUGCUGUAAAAGAGCUUUUUGACAACUUUGCAACACGGACCAUGGCUUAUGAUUUCCAUCAUGUCAUUGGACUGGUGAAGUUUGACUCUACAGUGACAACACUCCACACAUUUACAGAAACACUUGAAAAGUUCAAGGAACAUGUGCACAAUCUUAAGACAGCUAGAGGCACAAAGCUGUAUGAUGCGCUACAGCAUGGAGUACUGGAGUUGGAAAAAGUAAAGAAGAAAUUUCCAGACUGUAGACUUCGCAUUCUGUGUCUCACAGAUGGAGAAGAUCAUGGGUAA